GCCCCCUGUGGGAAUCGAACCCACAACCCUGGCGUUGCAAGCGCUAGGCUCUACCAACUGAGCUACAGGAGGCCUUCUCAGUUGUAAAGGCUCCUUUUGUGGCAUCAUCUCUCUAGAUAACCUCCCUGUAUGUCUUUUGCAGUAUCUUUUCCAUGUUACCUAAUUGGGAGUUCUCCUCUCCUAUUUGGUAGUGUCCCCAUUACCCGCCCCUCCAUCACCCAUAUGAUUGACACAUAUCCGUCACCGCCUGUCCCCUCCCUCCUUGUCCUAUUGGUCCUAUUAAAACCCCUCUCCUCCCUCCUCGUCCUAUUGGUCUUAUUAAAACCCCUCUCCUCCCUCAUCUGGAUCACUUUCUUCCACCUGAUCCCUCGUUCCAAAGACCUAAGGAUGGACUGGAGUGCUUACGAGAUGGACCACCUGGAUGUCCCUCCUCUCACCCCCACCAGUAAGGAGGUCCUGAGCCAGGCGAUGAGGGCCACCUUCGCUGGCUUCGCCCAGGAGAGGAACCGCAUGCACUUCCCACAAGACCCUAACCUAUGGUCAGAGUGGGAGGUGAACCACUGGUUAGACUGGUGCCAGGCCGAGUUCGGCCUCCAAAGCCUGGGCCCGGAUUUGAGAAGGCUGCCUGGGAGUGAGCUCUGUGCCAUGGACAGAGAGGCCUUCCUGGACCUGACCUCUGACUGCACAGCAGGAGAGAUCCUCUGGGAACAUCUGGAAACUAUGUGCAGAGACAGUUACGCGGACCAUGUGCAGCUCAUGGACAAGCAAAAUCACCACGGUCAGUUCUCCCAUCUCCCAACAGAACCCCCACAGCUUCUGACCCUUCACCCUGUGACUGUGAGAUAUCAGGACUACCACCGGGUCAAACAGGAAGGACCUCUGCUCCGAGACCUUGAUAGGACAGACUAUGAUUCUGAGGUUGGGACCCUGCGUUAUGAGGACACAGACAGCACCGCUUCCCUGUCCUGGACUAGACCAAUGCAGGGUUUAGACAAGGGGGUGGAAGAGUCCAUCUCUGAGGACCCCUUCAAUUUGCCACACCCACACAGGAGCUUCAAAAAGUUUAUACGGGACAAGACUGAUCUGGGUAGAGCUGUGGAUCCUGCAGCCAUUCUGGCUGGUUAUACUGGUAGUGGUCCCAUUCAGCUGUGGCAGUUUCUAUUGGAUCUCCUCACUGACCGCAGCUGUCAAUCAUUCAUCAUUUGGACAGGGGAUGGAUGGGAGUUUAAACUGACAGAUCCUGAUGAGGUGGCCAAGCUAUGGGGCCGGAAGAAGAACAAGCCUAAGAUGAACUACGAGAAGCUGAGUCGAGGCCUGCGCUACUACUACGACAAGAACAUCAUCCACAAGACGUCUGGCAAGCGCUACGUCUACCGUUUCGUCUGCAACCUGCAAGGACUGCUGGGAUAUGAACCCCGGGAACUGCAUGCCAUGUUGGAUAUCACGGCCAAAGAUGGCCAUGAGUGAAAGGGAGGAAUUGGGCGUUUCCCUUUAUUCCUCGACCACCUUCUAAAAACGCAUUGGAGGAGAAGGUCAGAGGGAAGGAACCAAAGAGAUAUACCAUAGAGAGGAAUGGGAGGAACCUCUUCUCCUUCAGUGAGUUUUGAGAAGGAGGUUGAAGAAUCAAGGAAAGACUUUUGAGAUUCACCCUAUGGUGCAGAAGGGUCAAGGGUCAAGAGACAGAGACUGUGUUUACAAAAACCCAACGUCCUUAUCAUUUGGCCAUAUGGUAAUCAUCACUUUGAUCAUGGUCAAUUUAAUCAUGAUUGGGGGUAAGCUGUGGGGCUUGUAUGUUUAUAUGUGAUAUGUAUAUUUUGAAGAUAUGAGAAGAUAAACAUUUUUGUUUCAAUUGUUGUUUAUACAGUGCCUUCAGAAAGUAUUCACACCCCUUGACUUUUUCCACAUUUUGUUGGGUUACAAGGUGGG